AUGUACCAUACUAGAGUCCAUUUUGUUAGUCCACCAUUGCCAAAGCCGAACCCAAGCCCAAGUUCUCAUUCUCUUCACUCGCGUUAUCCAAGGCCGCAGUUGCCAAAGUCUAGUGGGGGCAGAGUAUCGGUGAAUAAUCCGAACCACGAAAUGGACGCCGGUGGCAUAGACUCAGACGGCCGUGAAUUCAAGAACGCGGAGGAGAUGUGGAGAGAAGAGGUGGGAGUGGCUGACCCUAGCAAGAAGUCGAAUUGGUACACCGAAGGCGUUGGCUAUUGGCAAGGUGUGGAGGCAACGAUGGAUGGAGUGCUGGGAGGGUAUGGGCAUGUGAAUGAGCCUGAUAUAAAGGGCAGUGAGGAAUUCUUGAAUUCCCUUUUGGCUGAAAGAUUUCUUGAUGCUGGUAGAAGUGGCAAUCUUGUUGUUCUUGAUUGUGGCUCAGGCAUAGGAAGGGUCAGCAAAAACCUUCUUAGAAGAUAUUUCAAUGAGAUUGACCUUCUUGAGCCUGUUUCCCAUUUUCUGGAUGCUGCUCGCAUAAAUUUGGCACCAGAAAAUUUGAUGGUCACAGAAGAGCACAAGGCUGUGAAUUUCUAUUGUGUUCCUCUGCAGGAGUUCACUCCCGAUGCACAAAGGUAUGAUGUUAUAUGGGUCCAGUGGUGUAUAGGACAUCUUUCAGAUGAAGACUUCAUAUCGUUCUUCAAGAGAGCAAAGGGUGGUCUCAAACCCGGUGGCUUUUUUGUUCUCAAGGAAAACAUUGCAAGACAUGGAUUUGUUUUGGAUAAACAAGACAGGAGUGUUACUAGAUCAGACUUGUACUUCAAGCAACUCUUCAAUCAGUGUGGGCUUCAAAUAUACAAAAUGAAGGACCAAAAAGGAUUUCCCAAUGAACUAUUUGCCGUGAAGAUGUAUGCAUUGGCACCUGAGUUGCCAAAGAGAGUUCACAAGUCCAAAUCUAAGAGGCAAGUAAAUAGACCUGGCAUCAUCAAAUGA